AUGUCAACAAAAUAAAAUUAUUGUGAAAUGUGAACUCCGAAAAAAAAAUAAAAAUAAUGAGCAAAACGCGGUAACAAAGUAACAAACUAAUUUAAUUAAUUUCGGACAGAAAAACACUCGAAUUAAAUAACUUUCGGCGAUUAUUUCACAAACGUAAGUCAUAGUUAGAUACGAAGAUACAUUAUACCGGUGUUUGAUCGAUACCCCAGGUAAUUCGAACAAGUUCACUUUGGAAUGUUAAUACCAUCACUUUGAAAACAAUCAUUUAAAAUGAAAAUCGAAGAAGUCAAAAGUACGGUGAAAACUCAACGAAUUUCCAGUCAUAGUCAUAUCAAAGGAUUGGGUUUAAAUGAGAAUGGCACCGCAAUGCCGAUGGGAGCAGGAUUGGUGGGCCAAGAACAAGCCAGAGAGGCUGCUGGUAUAGUUGUCGAUCUGAUUAAAAUGAAGAAGAUGGCCGGAAGAGCUAUUCUUAUGGCAGGACCUCCAGGUACCGGUAAAACUGCAAUAGCUCUCGCCAUAUCACAAGAACUGGGAAACAAAGUUCCAUUCUGCCCUAUGGUUGGAUCAGAAGUAUUCAGUUCGGAGAUCAAAAAAACCGAAGUAUUGAUGGAAAAUUUCCGAAGAGCUAUUGGCUUGAGGUUGAAAGAAGUCAAGGAAGUAUACGAAGGAGAAGUUACUGAACUUACUCCGAUGGAAACUGAAAGUCCUAUGGGUGGUUACGGUAAAACCGUAUCUCAUGUGAUUAUCGGCUUGAAAACUGCUCGAGGAACGAAACAACUGAAACUAGAUCCUUCGAUAUACGAAUCUUUACAAAAAGAAAAAGUAGACGUUGGCGACGUCAUUUACAUAGAAGCGAAUAGCGGAGCCGUUAAACGUCAAGGAAGAAGCGACACAUUCGCCACUGAAUUCGAUCUCGAGGCCGAAGAAUACGUUCCUCUACCUAAAGGAGAAGUACACAAAAGAAAAGAAGUCAUCCAAGACGUUACCUUACACGAUUUAGAUGUUGCAAAUGCUCGUCCUCAAGGCGGUCAGGAUAUUCUCUCCAUGAUGGGUCAGCUAAUGAAAUCCAAGAAGACUGAAAUCACCGAUAAACUGCGAAAAGAAAUAAACAAAAUCGUUAAUAAAUACAUCGAUGACGGAAUCGCCGAACUCGUUCCUGGUGUUUUAUUCAUAGACGAAGUACACAUGCUCGAUAUUGAAACAUUUACGUAUUUACAUAGAGCUCUCGAAAGUGCAAUUGCACCUAUAGUCAUUUUUGCCACCAAUAGAGGAAGAUGCGUUGUUAGAGGUACCGAAGACGUAUACUCAGCCCAUGGCAUUCCAAUGGACUUACUCCAUAGAUUAUUGAUUAUUCGAACCUUACCGUAUAAUAAAAGUGACAUGGAAAGUAUAAUCAAACUCAGAGCUCAAACCGAAGGUAUCAACAUCAAUCCAGAUGCUUUACAGUUAUUAGCUGAUAUUGGAGACCGGUCUACUCUGAGGUACGCUUGUCAGCUGUUGACUCCUUGUUCGUUGAAUUCCAAAGUGAACGGUCGUACUGUCAUAACGAAGGAAGAUGUGUCAGAAAUGUCGAAUUUAUUCCUAGAUUUUAAAUCAUCGUCGAAAAUUUUAGCUGAGAAGAAAGACGAGUAUAUGAAAUAAACGAUCAAUUCAAUGUCACGAAUACCUUCUUUUUUUUGUAUCAAAAACUAUUUGUUUUUUUCUACUCCAUAAAUGUAAAUAACUGUCGAAGAAAAUAAAACCAAUAAUUAAAUGAAAAACUCGAAAAUAUUAUUAUUUUUUUGUUGAGAAUUUACGCAUCUUAUGAAAAUAUUACAAAGUAAUGAUACUCUAAAGUACAUGUCGUCUUGAAAAAUUUACAUCUACUCUACAUGAUAAAAAGAAAACUGAACCAAAACACAAGGCAUGAAACAAAUUGAACUGCAUUGAUUUUCAAUAAGUAGUAGGUUUAUAUUAAAGUAGAAUCGACAAAAUUUUACAUUAUAGAACAACUGUAAAGAUGGCAAAAGUAGAAUAGAAAAAUUAAAAUAC